CUACAAAUAUAAAUCAAACCGAAAAAUCCCGUUUUUUCAUCCGAUUUUUCCACUUAAUAAUAAAUUAUUAACACUGUUUACUCAUCUGACAUCUUCUCUCUCUUUCUCUCUCCUCCUCACUUUCUAUUACUACACUCAACUGUACAUAAAUGUAGUAGUAGUAGUAGUAGUACGGCAUUCCCCAGAAAAACUCCUCAAAAAUUCUGGAUUCUCAAAUUUAUUCCAAAUUUACAAAUAAAGAAAGUGGAUCAGUUUAGAGUUUCUUCAUGAUUCUUAUCCCAUUCUAAUUUUAUUUUCCUUUUUUUUUUAAUUUUUUACCGUCAUAAAUCUAUAUUUUUCACGUAAGACAAAGUUUCAUUGCCAUCACACAAAUACUUAAUACAGUACAAUCUUCUUUGUCUCUGUGUUUGUUUCUCACACAUUCAUUUCUUUUCUUACACUUUUUCUGCUGUUUUAAUUCCUACAUUUUCAUUUUCUAUCGCUAAAGUUCACUUCUUGAUCACAUUUUCAUCAAUAUUUCCAAAUGGGAUUGAUUAAAAAUCCCUCACAUUGAUGUAAAUUUUUGUGGGAUUGUGUUGUUUUUCAAAAUUAAGAAUCAUCAUGCAAAAAGAUGAGAUUUUUAUGUGGGUAAUAUUGUUGGGUUUUUGUUUGAUCUCUACUGUUUUCUGUGUAACUGACCCAAAUGACUUAAAAAUCCUGAAUGAAUUCAGAAAAGGGUUGGAAAACCCAGAACUUCUUCAAUGGCCGAAGAAUGAUGAUGAUCCAUGUGGGUCUAAAUGGAAACAUAUAUUUUGUUCGGGUAAUCGGGUCACCCAAAUCCAGGUUCAGAGUUUAGGGCUUAAAGGUACACUUCCUAGUGACCUAAAUCAGCUCUCAAAGAUGUCAAAUUUGGGUCUUCAAAGGAACAAUUUUCAUGGGAAGUUACCAAGUUUUAGUGGGUUAUCAGACUUGGAAUUUGCAUACUUAGAUUUCAAUAAUUUUGAUGAAAUUCCUUCUGAUUUCUUUGAUGGGCUUAUUAGUAUUAGGGUUUUGGAAUUGGAUAAUAACCCUCUUAAUGCAACUAAAGGGUGGUCAUUGCCUGAUGAUGUUGGGAAAUUAACAGAAUUGGCUAAUUUUUCAUUGAGUAAUUGUAAUUUGGUUGGUCCAUUGCCUGAAUUUCUGGGAUCAUUGCCAUCUCUUAGUGUUUUGAGACUUUCAUAUAAUAAACUAUCUGGGUUUAUACCUUUGAGUUUCAACCAGUCCAUGUUGCAGAUUCUUUGGUUGAAUGAUCAAGAAGAUGGAGGAAUGACUGGGCCUAUUGAUGUCAUUGCUUCAAUGACUUAUCUUACUGAGGUUUGGCUUCAUGGGAAUCACUUUACUGGGACUAUCCCAGAAGGUAUUGGAAAUUUAAUCUCAUUGAAAAAUCUUGAUCUUAAUAGGAAUCAGCUCGUUGGACCGAUCCCUCGAAGCUUGGCUUUGAUGGAGUUGGAGAGAUUGGAUUUGAACAACAAUAUGUUAAUGGGUGCGAUUCCGAAGUUCAAAUCUGGUAAUGUCUCUUAUGAGUUCAAUUCAUUUUGUCAAUCAAUUCCUGGAGCUCAAUGUGCACCACAAGUUAAUGCUCUUAUUGAUUUUCUUGGUGGCUUGAAUUAUCCAACUGCUCUUGCUUCUGAAUGGUCUGGUAAUGAUCCUUGUGAAGGACCUUGGUUAGGUGUGACUUGCAAUUCUGACUCCAAAGUUGUUGCUCUUAAUUUGCCUAAUAGAAAUCUUAGUGGUACUCUUAGUCCUUCAGUUGGUAGCUUAGAUUUGUUGCGUCAAGUUAGAUUGGCAGGAAACCAUCUAACUGGCCAAAUACCUGCAAACAUUACUCAGCUGAAGUCUUUGACAUUGUUAGAUGUAGCCCGAAACGAUUUUGAGCCUCCCUUGCCUAAAUUCAAUGCUGGUGUUAAAAUCAUCAUUGAUGGAAAUCCUUUUCUUGUUUCUAAUCAUAGUGAAAAAUUGCCACCUCCUGUUGAUGAUUCACCACCCUUGAUUAUUAGCCCGCCAAUGCUUCGAUCCCCAGUACCUAGUUCAUCCCCUGGCUCGUCUCAAGGAAGUGUGAGACCACCGUCACCUGAAAAGAUGCAUUCCCCUGUUGUUGCCUCGAAGCAUAAUUCUAGCUCUUCCUCAUCGGAGGAGGAUACUAGACCUCAAAAAUCCAAAAGACUGACCUUCCUUAUUGUAGUUGCUGCUAUUGCUACUGCUAUAGUGUUAGUUCUUCUCUCUGUCCUGUUCUAUAUGUUCUGUUGUAAGAAGAAUAAAGGCGGUGUUGAGGCACCUUGUUCUGUUGUUGUUCAUCCGAAGGACCCAUAUGAUGCAGACAAUAUGGUUAAGGUUGCAGUCUCGAGUAACAACACGGGAAGCUUAUUUACCCAAACUGGUAGCAGUUCUGGGAGUAGAAACAGUAGUGCAAUAACAAAUUCUACUUCUCAUGUGAUAGAUUCUGGGAACCUGGUUAUAUCAGUCCAGAUCCUUCGUAAAGUGACCAAUAACUUUUCCCCGGAAAAUCAGCUUGGUCGCGGUGGUUUUGGAAUUGUUUAUAAGGGAGAACUUGAAGAUGGUACUAAUAUAGCUGUUAAGAGAAUGGAGGCUGGAGUGAUUAACACUAAACAAUUGGAUGAAUUUCAGGCUGAAAUUGCAGUGUUGUCAAAGGUCAGACAUCGACAUUUAGUAUCUCUAUUUGGUUACUCCACUGAAGGCAACGAAAGGCUUUUGGUUUACGAAUACAUGCCUCAUGGAGCUCUAAGCAAGCAUCUCUUCCAUUGGAGGGACCUUGAGUUAGAACCGUUGUCAUGGAAAAGGAGGCUCAUUAUUGCUUUGGAUGUUGCAAGAGGGAUGGAAUAUCUUCACACCUUAGCACAUCAAAGUUUCAUACAUCGUGACCUCAAAUCUUCGAAUAUACUCUUGGAUGACGAGUUUAGGGCUAAAGUUUCCGACUUUGGGUUGGUCAAACUUGCUCCUGACAGAGAGAAGUCUGUUUGCACGAGGCUUGCAGGAACUUUUGGGUACCUUGCUCCUGAAUAUGCUGUGACAGGGAAAGUGUCAACUAAAGUUGAUGUAUUUAGCUUUGGGGUGGUACUAAUGGAACUUUUGACUGGAUUAAUGGCACUCGAUGAGGAACGAUCCGAAGAGAGUCGAUAUUUAGCUGAGUGGUUUUGGAGAAUAAAAACAAGCCAAGAGACUCUGAUGGCUGCAAUUGAUCCAUCUCUCAAUAUCAAAGAAGGGGCAUAUGAGAUCAUAACCAUCAUAGCUGAUCUUGCAGGGCAUUGCACUGCCAGAGACCCAAACCAUCGGCCAGAUAUGGGGCAUGCUGUAAGUGUGCUUGCCCCACUCGUCGAUAAAUGGAAGCCAUUUGCUGAUGACGUAGAAGAUUAUUCAGGCAUUGAUUACAAUUUGCCACUUAGAGAGAUGUUAAAGGGCUGGCAGGAUGAAGCAGAUAAAAGCAAUGGAAAUAGCUGCAGCACAAGCCUGAAUGAUAGCAGGGGAAGUAUACCUGCUAGGCCUACUGGAUUUGCAGACUCCUUCACUUCAGCUGAUGCUCGAUAAUUCAUCAAUCAAUUCAGUUUACUCCACUGAAUAAAUACAUACUUUCUCCUCUAUCUGGAGUAGUGUUUGCAAAUUCAGAUGUCCACGAGUUUCCGGUACCUUUUUUUUUGUGGCUGAUAGGAAUUUUGGUUUCUCUUAGUUAGUGUACAUGGAGUUUGUUUCUGAAAUCGUUCUUCAAAUAUGGUAGUAAAAUUCCACAGCGCUUUGUGAUCGUCUGUAUAAAUACUAAUAGUAUUAUUAUAAUUUCGUGGUUUUUUUUUGGAGAAUAGCUA